AUCUGGAAACUUCGCUUCCCGUCUGGAUAGACGGGAAGCCGCGGGGACUGUUGGCAGGCACGUCUUCCUGGCCACCCUCGGUGAUGGGACAUGCGGCUGGUUCUCUGCAGCUGAGUGAUACCAGCAUGAAUAAUCCUUGCGUUGCUUCUCAUAGAAAUCAAAUCUCUAGGACAAGGAAAUGUUGCUGUUUCUCGUUCUAAAGGAAUGGAAUGUCUCUACACCCCUCCCACCCAUGGAUAGCAUGGUCCCAUCUCCACGCGUGGCCUGGCAGUGCCCUGGGAGGUCGGCUUCGAGGUAUGUUCUUCUGGAUGGGCCAUGUCCCCGGCCCAGAGGUGGAGGGUAAGGCAGAGGGAAGCAGGGGCACAGAGAGGGACAGUGGACCUCGAAUCAGAGCAGCCUUCUGGAGUCUCCGGAGCCCACGGCAGAGGGAGGGCUUGGUUUGUGGAUGCAGGAUGCAACGGUGCGUGUGUGUGGGGGGAAUGGGGAGCUCUGCGGCCUUCGGUGGGGCUGGGUGCCCUGGGGACGGGGUGUAGGCAUGACACGGGCCCAGCGUCCAGCUGGCCUCUGUCCACGCCCCGGGCCCCGUGGGGAGAAUGGGGGAGAGUGGGCAGUGGCCGUUAGAGUUCUCACCCCUUCGGGUGUCUCUCACGGGAACCAAGGUUAGGAGGAGGAACGCCAAGGAGGAGCUGGAAAGAACUGAAUACUAAACAAAGUCUCUCCUGCAGCUCUGGAAUGCUCUGUGCACGCUCUCUACGCCACGCCGUCUAGACAGCCUUGACCUUGAGGUGUGGCGGGCGCUGCGCUCUUCCGAUCCACACUUAUGCAGACCCAUUCCCGACACUCUGUAGCAUCGUCAGGCACAGACUCUGAGGACGAGAAAGGAAUCUUCGAGCUCUUCAAGGCUGAAUAUAACAGUCCCCUAAGCACACCAGACUCCUCCCUGGAACCUGUGGUUUGGGUACCUUAUACGGCAAAAGGGGUUUUACAGGCGUGAUUAAGUUGUCGAUUUUCAGGUGGGAAGACUAUCCUGGAUUAUUCGGGGGGGCCCCACAUAGAGUCACGAGAGUCCUCCUAGGAGGGAGGCAAGAAGGUCAAAGAAAAAAGGCCACGUGCUGAUGGAAGCCUGGGGGAAGAAAGGGCAAUGUGCUGGGGGCCGCAGUCAAGGCAUUGAGGACAAACUCUAGGACGUGGAAAAGGUAAGAGAAGGAUUGUCCCCUGGAGCCUUCAGAAGGACCUCAGCACUGCCAACACCUUGACUGUAGCCCCUUGAGACCAUGUCAGACCCCUGACCUCCAGAACUGUAAGAGGAUCAGGUGGUAUUGUUUUAAGCCACUGUUGGUGGUAAUUUGUUACAGCAGCAAAAGGAAACUAAUAUAGAACUCAUUGACCUCAGCCCUCUCUUUUUACAGCUGAGGAGACUGAAGCCCAUUUGUGGUAGAUAUUUUCCUUUUUAGUUCGCUAAUUUGUAAGUCGUUUAUGAGAAGGGAAUGAGUUUUCUCCUGCCUCCGUGAAUAAGACCAAGUUUUUUUCUGUAAUUGUCCUGUUGACGAGAGCAGGCCUUAGAAUUUUCAGUUUUAUGGGGUCUGAUUGCUGUAUUGGUUCUAUAGGUUCGAUGACCAUAUUUUCUUGAAUCAAAAUGAAAGAACUCUGAUCUGAUAAGUAUGAGUGGGCUUAUGGGGAUAAUAGGACAGAGGCUAUUCCGUAAAACCAGGGACAAAUAGCCUGCGCUGUAAUACAUGGCGUAGUGGCCAACCCACGCCGUCCUGGCCGCCAGCUCCCGUCUCACCUCCCACACCCUCUGCCUCCACAGCACAAGGAAGGAAAGGGGGUGGAAAUCUUGACACAGGGUUUUCAGAGGAUGCUGCUGCUGAUUUCUGAACCAGAACAGACUUUGAAAAGUCCUCCUGAGUCUAAAAAACGAAGACUCAUUGCUUCAACCCUUGCAAUAGACAUCCUGGGCGACCUUCGCCUCAAACCUCAGAGGAUUUCGAGAUACUACGGAACAUUCUGUGCUUUGUUUAUUUCCCAUCAGUUGGUGGAGAAAUUGAACCAAUGCACUGGUGACAGUGGGAACAGGUCAGUGUAGGCCCUGGAGGGGAAGGAGGGUGCAGAAAAUGUAGCCCUGGAGAUAUUGCAGGAUCGGUUCCAGGCCACCACAAUAAUGCGAAUAUCGCAAUAAAGUGAGUCACAUGGAGUUUUUGGUUUCCCCAUGUAUAUAAAAGUAAUGUUUACACUCUACUGUAACCUAUCGAGCAUGCAAUAGCAUUAUGUGUAAAAAAGUACAUACCUUAGUUAAAAAAUACUUUAUUGCUAAAAAAUGCUAACCAUCACCUGAGCCUUCAGUGUGUCCUAACCUUUUUGCAAUCAUGUCAAAGAUCACAGAUCAUCAUCACAAAUACAGUAAUAAUGAAAAUGUUUGAAGUAUUUGGAGAAUUACCAAAAUGUGAAACAGACACGAAGUGAGCAAACGCUAAUGGAAAAAUGAUGCCAGUAGGCUUGCAAAGAGCUCGGUUGCCACAAACCUUCAAUGUGUAAUAAAGGCAGUAUCUGCAAAUUGCAAUAAAGCAAAGCCCAGUAAACCGAGGUCAGCCUGCACUGCUGCAGGCCGGGCGACUCGUUCUUGGGUGGCUGUGAGUCUGAGGCGUUAGUUAUUGAAAGGACGAUUCAAAGAUUCGAACAAUUCUUGUGGCUUGAGGAUCAAGGUUUCCCACAGAAAAAGCUGAGGUUAUGUAAAUUCCUCUUCAUGGAUCACAAGAUCAGCAGUUACCCUUCAGCAGGGCCAAAGGCACAUGGCACGAUUUCACUUCCUUUCUUUGGCUCUAUUAAUGUGGGCUGUCCUAUGCUAUUUAGUGACUAGGAUCUCAACCAAGGCAGGUCAGCUGGAUUAAUGUGUUUGGUGGACUACAGAGACCGUGUGGAGAGGACUCAGUUAUUGACAUGCCCUUCAUCCUGGGAUGAUGAUGGUAUUUGGUGAGAUUUACCUGCUCGGGUGAAUUCACACCCUUGAAACUUCCUUGGCUUGACCCCAGAUGUAUAGCUCACUCUUCAGUCUUACCAUGUCAAAAUUAUGGAACAGAAACAAAUAUUCCCCCUUCAACUGGUCCUUGGAAAAAGAAUAAACACAGAUACAAGGUAACAUUUACUCUUUGCCCAAUAAACUCCUUUUGGGGGUAUUUCCAGCUUCCAUAAGAACCCCAUCAUGAAGUUAUACACACAGUUAAUCCAGUGAACUCACCUGUGGUCCCCCUAUGUGCCUGGACCUCAGUUUCAUCUCCUUGAAACUGGAGAAUGGAUUUGACCAUCUCUAGGUUUCCAUCUUGCUUCAGCAUUGUUUUUCUCAGAUAUUAUUUAUCCUUCUGAGUUGUGACCCUUGAAAGUUACCUUCCUUGUUAGCAAAAGGAUAAAACUAAUGCCGGCGAGCCCUUCUGACUGUGAGCCAUUUGCUCUGGGUAUGAAAUUCCUAAGAUUUCUCUAAAAGAGUUUCUGUAUCUGCCUUUUCACCUGUAAGAGCCUCAGUAUCUGAAUAAAUCAGACAGAAGAUGUCAUUAAGGUUGGUAACAGGGAUUUUUAAGGACAUUUGGAAAAGUCCUUCCUUUCCAUCCAACAGCAGGGGUCCAGGCUCACCCCCUGGGGCUCCGUCCUCUCUAGCUCCACGGGGAGCUCCCUGAGGGGGAGAGGCACAUUCAGUAUCACCUUUGGGGCUGCUGGGUGGUUAGGAGACACUGGUUUUGUACAGACAUGAAUUUUCAUCCCUAAACUAUUCAGUUAGCCACAUCCCACAUGCUAUAAUAAAUACUUAGAGAAUCACCCCCUUCCUUUGCUAACAACUAAACACCACGUAAGACUGGCAGUGGGGGUCUCCUAACCCUAGAAGGACUUCAUGGGGGGGGGGGGGAAACGGCACCUACCUCGCUGGUUAAAGCCCCAGAGUCCUCCUUUUCUCUUUAAUGGGGCCUUCGUUGGGCAAAAUACACAUCACUUUAAAACCACCUCACAGCUGGAAGUAUGUAACUUACAGCGAGUCACAAAAAAUAGGGAAACUUACACAGGGUUUCUCUGGUCACUUCCCCAUCUGAGUGAUCACGCAGCUGGCGCUACAGCUGAGACGGCGCUCCCAGUGAGGAGGGGAAAGGUGUGUUCACAGCCACCCGGUUGGAGGAGUGACACAAGCCCGAUUGGGAAAUCCCUGGACGUAUAAAUUCCUGCCAGACCGCUGAGCUCCCACUGAAGGUGAAAGGCCUGGCAGCCAUCCCAGGAGACAGCACCAGGCGAACGAUGCAGAGCUGCAGGAGACAUUCAGAACUGCAUCUGUGCCAGGAACAGGGAAAAUGUCAGACUCCUUCAAGGAUAUGGGGAGGAGGUACAGGCUGCGGGGUGCUGGGCCUGCGGUCUCCACUUCCUGUGUCCUCCAGAAGUUCCCGGGAGUGAUGUUCACCUGGUCCAUAUGGUUGCUGUGUGUCUCUCUCUUCACCAUCCGGCCUGAGGAACACAUGGUGGCUGCAGGAAGCUGCCAGUUUCAUGGCAGGCAUCCCAAAACCAGGUUCAAGGUAGAAGGGGAGCCUGUGGCCAUGAGGUGCCCCCAGGGGCCAUACUGGGACUCUGCUACCACCCACGUCAGUGUGACAUGGCGUAGAAACAACUCCUCCACGAUGGUCCCGGGGGAGGAAGAGCUGCGAGUGUGGGUCCAGGACGGCAGCCUGUGGAUUGUACCAGCCUCGCGGGGGGACUCUGGCACCUACAUCUGCACUGUCAGGAAUGCCUCUUACUGUGACGAAAUGUCCAUUGAGCUCAGGGUUUUUGAGAAGACAGAAGCUUCCCUGCCUCUCAUCUUCUACCCACAAAUUAUAACCUUGUCAGCCUCUGGGUUAUUAGUUUGUCCUGAUCUGAGUGAAUUCAUCGGGAACAAAACUGACGUGAAGAUUCGAUGGUACAAGGAUUCUGUCCCUUUGGAUCAAGACAACGAGAAAUUUCUAAGUGUGAGGGGAACUCGCUUACUGGUAAACAAUGUGUCUCUGGAGGACGUGGGCUAUUAUCAGUGUGCCAUGACGUUUGCCCACAGAGGCAGGCAAUACAACAUCACCAGGAAUAUCAAACUCCGUGUUAAGAAAAGAGAAGAGGAGACGAUUCCCGUGAUCAUCUCCCCCCACCAGACCAUCUCAGCUUCGCUGGGGUCGAGACUGACAAUCCCGUGUAAGGUGUUUCUGGGAGCUGGCAUACAGGCGACCACCUUGCUGUGGUGGACUGCCAACAACACACACGUAGAGGAUGCCUACAAGGGGGGCCGCGUGACCGAGGGGCAGCGCCAGGAAUACUCGGAAAAUAAUGAGAAUUACAUUGAAGUGCCCCUGAUUUUCGAUCCAGUCGUAAGAGAGGAUUUGCACACGGAUUUUAAAUGUGUUGUCCGUAAUACAAUGAGUUUCCAGAUGCUUCGUACCACAGUCAAAGAAGCUGCCACGUUCUCCUGGGAGAUUACACUGGCCCCCCUUUCCCUCAUCUUCUUGGUUUUGGGGGGAAUAUGGAUGCACAGACGGUGUAAACGCAGAACUGGAAAAGCCUAUGAUUUGAUGAUGGAGUUAAAGACCAGCCAUCAGAUUCUCAAUCCUAUCCGAGUAAAAUAAAGGAAAUAAAAUACUUCAA